AUGAAUGCUGUCGAUACUUGCUUCCCAUCGUCAAGGCCGCUGCUAUGUCUCUGGCAUGCUAACAAGGCAGUUCUCCGCUACUGUCAGCCAAGAUUUACGCGCCAGACUCAAGGGGACAACCCGAGAAUAGAGGCUUGGAAUGAGUUUUACGGCCAUUGGCAUUCGAUCAUCAAGUCACCGAAUGAACAAACUUUCCACGAACGAGUGUCCGAGUUUGAGAAGAAAUAUCUCCCGGACUAUAUCGAAGAAGUCAGAUAUAUCAAGACAAACUGGCUUGACAAAUACAAAGAGAAGCUGGUGAAGGCGUGGGUCAAUCAACACCCCCACUUUGACAACGUCGUUACUUCAAGAGUUGAAGGCAUACACUGGCUGCUUAAGAGCCACCUCAAAGUAUCUACAUUGGACUUGUUCGAAGCUUGGCGAUCGAUCAAACAUGCACUACUGAAUCAACUGGCGGAGCUGAAGUCGAACCAAGCCAAGCAGAAGAUCAGGACCCCUAUUGAACUCUCCAGUGCCCUUUAUGGUGCAGUACGUGGUUGGGUGUCUCAUGAAGCUUUGCGAAAAGUUGAGCAGCAACGAAAGCUUUUAUUGCAUGAAGGCUCUGCUCCUUUGUCGGCCUGUACUGGUUUUUUCUCACGAUCACAAGGGCUACCCUGCGCUCACAAGCUGAAGGGUUUAUUAGUUCGAGACCAGGCACUACAACUCGAAGAUUUCCAUCCGCACUGGCACUUGACUCGGAAAGAUAAUCGGCGACCCCUCUUAGAACCCUGCCAGCGAGUCGAUCCAGUGGCUGCGAGUUCGUCUCUGCCGUUAUCUAGUGUGAGAAGAGAACUUAGUGGCUUCGAAGUCAUCGAAAACGCAAGGCCGAUACGAAACCCUCCUUUGUGCAGCAAAUGUCAUAUACUAGGUCACGCAAGGAACUCUAAGGAGUGUCCACUACGAUACUCAGAACUAAGAGCAUUGCCAGUCGUAUCUUCAGACCAGCCGCAGACGUGUUCAGAAAACUUUCAGUGGAUACCCUUUGCGGUCCCGGAGGAGCCAAGGCCACCAGCGAUGGAAACGCUCGACGAAAUACUGUGGCAACCAAUCACGACUUUGGAAAAUUUCGAGUUUGAGCCUGAAUUAACUUGUCAAGAUCUGCCAUGCCAGUUGACCAUCGAAACAGAGCAGGUGGACCGACACAUAACGACUCCAGAACCUCGGCAUCUAUCACCUGCACCAUCUAUGUAUACACCGCCGGUAUCUUCACAGUUAACCUCGAGAGACCCAGCUUCAGACCCAACUACACAUCUAAGGUAUGACGAUCCACGAGCCAUCCAUCAGAGAUACGUCAAGUCAAGAGAGGACUGGUAUAAGGCUCAACCCCUGGGACCCUGGCUUGGUAAUCGCCAGUAUCGAAAAGCAAUGGGCUUGUCUUUAGGAUACCCAAAAGCAAGCUACAGCUGGUGCCUUGAUUAUAAGCAGAUGGGGAGGUACUGCAAAACCUCGACGGGUCUGAGAGAGUGGACUAAAGAAGAGAUGAUGGCUUACUUAGACUGGGACAAAGCAGAGACUGAUCGCAUCGAAGCACGAGUAGCUGAGGAGACCGAGAACGGACGACUGUUUACAAGCAGAAGAGGUAUGGGUGAGCUUUGGGAGAUGGCUCAGCGGGAUAUCGAUGAACAAGAAGCCUUGUAUUCUGCUGCGGAACAGGAAGAAAGUUGUAUUGUAGUUCAGCCGUAG